AUAAUCCUUGAUUCAUUCCUGAUUUUGGGAAUUCCGGUGAAAGCUCCGUCACCAAAUCCAAAUGGGCAGCUCCUCCGCCGCGGCUUCGGCGCCAUGGAAGCAGCUUCUUCUCAGCUCGAUCCAAGCCAAUUCCCGUCUCAAGCAUUCUUCUUACUUCCAGCUUGCAACAGUUUCAUCCGACGGCAGGCCCUCCAAUCGCACUGUUGUUUUCAGAGGAUUCCAGGAUGGAAGUGAUAAGAUUAUUAUUAACACCGACACUCGCUCUCGCAAGAUUGAUGAUCUCAAGCACUCCUCUUUUGCUGAGAUAUGUUGGUAUUUCACUGAAACAUGGGAGCAAUUUCGAAUUAGCGGCCCCGUAGAUGUCAUAGACGGGACAAAUCCUGAUCCAUUGAAACUUGAGCAAAGACAGAAAUCUUGGUUUGCAUCUUCUGUUAAUUCAAGACUUCAGUAUAUGGCACCUUCUCCAAGAUUGCCCGUGAUCGAACCACCACCACCAUCUCAAACGCCCUCUUUGGAUCCUUCAAUCGGACCAGUUGCCGCAUUUUGCCUGCUCGUGCUGGACCCUGACCAGGUUGACUACUUAAAUUUGAAGAGCAAUGAGAGAUUAAUGUUUACAUCUGAUAUAAACAAACUAUGGACAUCUGAAAAAGUGAAUCCUUAGUCUAUUUUUUUUUAUAAUUAAUCACAGUAAUUGUCUCAAACAGUUUGAUUAGUUAUUACAACAUUCAUAAGUGGAAUAUCAAAAUGUCAUUCAUUU